CUGAGUAAGAGAGAGAAAGAGAGAGAUAGAGAGAAAGAGAGAAGGAAGGAAGAAGCAGCGCGAACCUUAGCAUGUGGCUAAACACGUUUUACGUUCCGUUACAAAAACGAUCGUUUUCUGUUUUUAAUUCGACUAAGAACGAGUCAAUGCAUUUUUUUAUUUUCUAUUUAUUAUUUUAUACAAGAUUUUGAUAGAAGACCACACGAAGGCGUCGCGUAGCUGAGUAGAAUUCAUGAACAAGAAGUGAUGCUUAAAAAUUGACGAGUAUUUCCAUUAGAAAACAAAACAAAGAUCGUUUAUCAAAUAAAACCAGUCAUUCUCAAAAACUUUGACAACUUUACGCAAGUCGAAACGUCAAAUAAAAACGUUCGAAAUAAUUAAGGGUGCAGAAAAAAGAAAAACAAUUAGAAUGCAUCUUUAUCGGAUGGAUUAUCAAAAGACUGUUUUUUUGUGUCACAUUAAUUGUGAACAUAUUACAAAUAUUACUAACUGUGAUUCUAUCGUGAAUGAAAAAUAAAAAAAACAAUAAAUCAUAAGGCUUGGAAAAAGGGUGAAAAAGAAAAGGGGGUGAGAAAAUCGAAAAAAGAAACUUAGGAAGUCCAUGAUACGAAACGAGGGAGGUUUGUUAAAAGACGAAGAUGCCGCUUCCGAGUAUUCUAAGGAAAGCGAGCAGUUACAUCCUCGGCGACGGCAGCCAGGAUGAACGUCGUACUAUUUAUCAGGAUGGUGAGGCAUUGUUUUGCAAGAACAAUGUCUGCGUACAUCCGCCAACUGUGACGCGUCAGAAUUCUGACGUGGUGCAUCACCCUGGAUACAUGACCAUAACCUGUAAGUUUAAUAAAAAUUCUGACGUGCCAACUUUGCAUCUUAGUUGGAUACCUAAUUCUACUUUACGCAAACAUCCAACUACUUUGGAGAGUUUGAAUGUAAGGAAGUUGGAAAGUAUUGUGACUCAUCGUGACUCUGAAAUCGGUGAGUCUUGUCAUGUAAAGAUUCCAGAGUUGGGAGAGAAACGUUAUGAGAGCAGUUGCGAGAAAGAAACUCUAGAAGAGAGAGUCGACAUUUGUCUGGAAGCCAAAGAACCUAUUAGAUGUGGUGAUUGCGAACGAGUAUGUUCUGGAGGAUUUUCUACUGGGAUACGUAUUACAGAGGAAGACAAUUUUUCUCAGGAUAUUGGGGAGUUUCGAAAUAAGAAAAAAACUAUUCAAUGUAGGAACUUAGUCAAUGGGGAGGCUAAAGGGAAUAUCUGUGAUGCUUCAGGAGUCAUUAGAAAGGAGAGAGAUCAUAUGGUCAAUCGUUUUCAUUCUGAAUCCAUGAAUGAUGCAGAAAAAUCUAAGGAUACUCCUGAGAACAAUUGUAAGAAUGUGGAAGAGGAUCGAAUACAUUUAUGUUAUGACAAGAGUCGUAGUAUGUCCCUGACUUCUACUUGCAGUCUUUCGAUAUCUACACAUACAGAUGAAGAAAUACCUUCAUGGAUGAGGUCACCUGAACUUCUAGCACUACAACACAAUCUUACAUUUCCUGAAAGCGCUACUGCCUCUCCUGUUACAUUGAGAAGAGCUCAUCGAUGUAGAAGAUUUUCUGUUGAUCUUAGCGAAAUGCGAUCGUUGAGGUUGUUCUUUGCAGAUCCAGCUUGUACCUGUGGACAAUUGGUAGUUGCAAGCAGAGAAAGCCAAUACAAGAUUUUACAUUUUCAUCAUGGUGGAUUGGAUCGGCUUGCUGCUACUUUGCACCAAUGGCAUCAAUUACUUUAUCCUAGAUUGGAUGCUGAUACAGAAGAAACUCUUCCUUACAAGCAUUUUAUGGUUUGCCGACCCGAAGUGAGCCGUGACGAAUUGCAUCCUGAAGAAGGACAAGUUCCAAUGAUCACGUCUUUGGCAUGGAAAGAUUUGUUAAAUGAAAAGGGACAAGUAGAAGAUGAUUUGGCUCUUCGUAAAGGAAUAUUUUUUGGAGGAUUAGAGCCAGCAUUAAGAAAAAUUGUUUGGCCCUUCCUCUUACAUUGUUAUUCUUAUCAAAGCGCUUACGAAGAUAGAGAACAAAUCGAUGCCCUUAGGAGACAAGAAUACGAGGAUAUUCAAAAACGUAGAUUGAACAUGAAUCCUGAACAGGCAGAACGUUUCUGGCGAAAUGUAGUUUGUAUUGUGGAAAAGGAUGUUGUACGAACGGAUAGAGGAAAUCCGUAUUACGCUGGCGAGGAUAAUCCAAAUAUCGAAGUUAUGAAAAAUAUUUUACUAAAUUACGCGGUUUACAAUCCCCGAUUGGGAUACACACAAGGAAUGUCUGAUUUAUUGGCUCCAUUAUUGGCGGAACUUAAUUCAGAAAUUGAUGCCUUUUGGUGUUUUGCUGGAUUGAUGCAAAGAUCGGUAGCAGUUUGUACACCUACUGAUGUAGAUAUGGAUAGAAAUUUGUGCUAUCUACGAGAAUUAAUUAGAAUUAUGGUACCGGAUUUCUAUACACAUCUACAAAAACAUACUGAUGCCUUAGAAUUACUGUUUUGUCACAGAUGGAUCCUCUUGUGUUUAAAACGUGAAUUUUCAACGGAAGUCGCUCUAGUCAUGUGGGAAGCUUGCUGGGUCAAUUAUUUGACGGAUCAUUUUCAUUUAUUCCUUUGUUUAGCCAUAAUGUGCGUUUACGCCGAGGAUGUAAUAGCGAAAGAUCUUAGAACCGAUGAAAUGCUAUUGCAUUUUAGUUUGCUCGCUAUGUACAUGGAUGGAAAUUUGAUAUUAAGAAAGGCACGCGGUCUUCUUUAUAAUUUUCGUCAGCUCGUACGUUUACCUUGCACGCUCGCUGGACUUUGUCGUCAGUGUGGUCCAGGGAUGUGGGACAGCAGUCACGAUCCGGUAAUCGAGUGUAUAGGUCACGAAGAUGCACCAUGCCCUUAUUUGGAUAACUAUGACUAACGACCUAAUUUAUCUAACAAUUACAUACUAUAAUUAAUUAUACAUACUGCUAAUUUAUUUACAACCGGAUUUAAUGAAAGUAAAUUUCUCUCUUAAAAAAAAAGAAAAAAAAAGAAACGAAGCCAAAGAUAUCGAAUGCAUCUCCGGUUUGUACAAAAUUAAAUCUGCCUCUGAAUGUUUUCAAUAUCGGAUAUUUUCGAUUAUGGUAUAAAAUGAUGGUCCAUAUAAUAUAUGCAUUCGAUAAAUUACAUCUAAUAUCAAUUUUAGUCUAAUCUGAUCGAAAAAUACACAUAUCUAUGAAAAGAACAAGAUAAAAAUUAAUUAAAAAAAAUAAUAUAUGAUUUUUGAUAAGAACGGCCAACAAUUCAAAUUAAAAAAUGAACAAGUUUAGUAGUGAUAUAGACAAUGAUAUACAGCUUUUUAGAGUGUUCACAUUGCGAAUCUAUAUACAGAAUAUUUCUUAACACAUAGGACCCACUUCAUCGAUGGAUAAAAGACACUAGAAUAGAAAAUGUUCAUGUGAACAUAUUUGGUCAUUUAAAAAAGUUAAAGCUACUAGAAUAAUAAAAAUUGCAAUUGCCAAGAACAUUGAACAUGUUGAAUAUUUUAACACUUUGUAGAGUCUUGUGACAACUGUUUUAGCUGUACAAAUGGGUCAUAUAUUUAUAUGAAUUAUUUUUAUUGUUUUGAUAUGAUACUCUGUUCACCGAUGAAUUAAAUUCCAAGUAUUACAAAAUAUUUUAUAUGCAUACAAAUAAUAUAAUAUCACAGCAAAUGAUACAAUUAGACAUCUUAAAUGAUAUUGUUCGUCGAUAUAUAAAACAGAGAAUAUCAACGACGUAUAUGUAUAUAUAUAUAACAAUGAUUUUUGAGUGCAAUGAUAUAUCUAGUUCUUGCGAUUUAGAAAAAAAUUUCACGAAAAUAUUUAGACUUUCUGCACACAUACCUUUUAGUACAAUCGAAGACUGAUAAUCGAAAAGGAUGAUGAAGAGGACGACGAUAAUCAUCCUAGUCUUAAAGUUCAGAAUUAACUAGAAAGAAACUGUUUAGGUGAUAUAUACGAGUUUCGUUUUAUGACGAGAUUUAAUAAAUAGGUCGAUUAUCAAUUUUUAACGAAGGACACGAGCAAACCAAAGAAAAUAAAAAAGUUUUCGAGUGUACAGAAAAAAAUCAACGAGAGGAAUCAAAGAUGUCUUUUUAGAGCCGCGUGAAACAAAAAUUAAGAAGAAAAAAUAUCUCAUAUAUAUAUACAAGUACAACGUAAUCUAUUUUAAAAUUCUUUUAAAAAUCAUCAUUUCACACGAUAUACGUAUAUAUUACAAUUAAGGAAAUUUUCAUCUACUUGCCAUUACUUACGAGUGACUGUACUGUUUAUAUAAGUUAUAUAUUUAAUGGGAGUUUUCUUAUUUGUUUUUUCUUCUUCUAAUACAAUGUCUGUGUUCUCGUAUCGUAUAAGAAAUUUGUUCAUGCCUCAUCGGCUGUGAAUUAAUAUAUAUAUAUAUAUAUCUCAAUGCGACGUAAUUAUUUUUCUUUUAUUUCUGUUAUGUCUUGUCCUGUGUGAUUGUAAAAAUAUCGUGCGUUUUUUUUUAAGACAUUAAAAUCGUGAUAAAUGUAAGCGAAUGUUUGACCAUUCGCACAGAAAUCUUACACUUUGGUAAUUAUUUCUCUAUACAUUAUGGAAGCGAUAAAAAUGAAGAAAAAAAAAGACAAUACCAAUUUAUAAGAUUUCUGAAAAGAAUAGUUAUGUGCUUUAACUGUGCUACCUUGUGUUGUUGGAAUUUUAAAAAGAGAAUUCUAUCCGUGUUAAAAGUCUGUCACACUCGAGUCUAUUAUUAUUAUUAUAGUGCGAACUAUGAAAUAAUAUAAAUAAGAGAUAGUAAUGUGUAUAUAUGCAUAUAAAAAAAUAAAUCCAAAUAAACUUGUACAAU